UUUCCUCAUAUUAAUGGGGGAAACUUCAACCACACCUCAGCGAUCUGGGAAACACAGAGUCAUUUCCACCCUCAGCUUUCCACACAAGAGUUGCUUCACUCCAGCCGCUCACUGGGGCUCUCGGUUUCACCAAAGAUUCGUCUGUAACCGCUCUGCCUCGCAUAAACCCCACAGUCCAACAGGAUCAACUGGAAAUCGGGGACCUAGAAUAACUGAGGGAAUAAGGGGUCUUGUGUGUGUGUGUGUGUCUAAAUAUAUAUAUACUUAAAGCAGAGACCUCAGCAUUCUCUCAGUGAUCAGGACAGAGGUUUUGGACGAGCCACGGCUUAUAUCACUGAGUGUUGAGGAUUAGAUUCUCUCUCUAUCUUGUCUCUAAACGGCCUGCAGGGUGGCGAGAGAGAGGGGGGAACCCAACCGGUGCAUGCCGGAGAUGAGUGCGUUCUGGCAUAAGAUCGGCUGCUGCGUGGUAGCCAAACCUCCUCCGAAAAAGAAACGGAGGAGAAUUGACCGCAGCAUGAUUGGAGAACCCACAAACUUCGUUCAUCUGACACACAUAGGCUCUGGCGAAAUGGCAGAUGGCAUGCAGCCGUCUGGCCCAAUGCAGGAACAAAUGAGAUCCAAAGUGCCUCACGCUAAUGGACGAAACAGCUUGUUAUAGCCUCUUCACCAGUGAGUAUGAACACGCACGCUUUCCUCUUCCUCGCGUUCGCUAACAUUCACUCGCAUUGAACCAAAGACC